AAAAAAAAAAAAAAAAAAAAAAAAAAAAACGGAUUUAAAAAUUAGUUGUUCACUCGACUGUCGUCGCGCUCGCACUCAGAGCGUAACUUGGUGAUUUUCCGUGAUAUUCUUAACCAAUCUUGACAAUGUCCGGUCGUGGUAAAGGUGGCAAGGUUAAGGGGAAGGCAAAGUCCCGGUCCAACCGUGCCGGUCUACAGUUCCCCGUGGGACGUAUCCACAGGCUGCUGCGUAACGGUAACUAUGCAGAGCGCGUCGGUGCCGGAGCGCCUGUCUACUUGGCCGCCGUGAUGGAGUACCUGGCCGCUGAGGUUCUCGAGUUGGCCGGUAACGCGGCCAGAGACAACAAGAAGACCAGGAUCAUCCCGCGUCAUCUGCAACUGGCCAUCCGCAACGACGAGGAAUUGAACAAGCUCCUAUCCGGCGUGACCAUCGCUCAGGGUGGUGUGCUGCCUAACAUCCAGGCCGUGCUGCUGCCCAAGAAGACCGAGAAGAAGGCUUAAGCGUUGCUUCGAUGGGAUAAUAUUGUGUGGUGUAUACAUGCAUGCGCGCAUUCAUUCGCGCCAUGCACUCGUAUACCUAUUGCAAUAUUGUAUCGCGUCGGACGCGCUGAGCUCGUCGCCCUCGUAUGCAACACACAUACAAACAAAAGGCCCUUUUCAGGGCCACAAUAUGAUUCGUCGAUACAUAAUCCAAUGUUAAAAAAAGACAGUUUCUUUAUCAGUGUCGUCUCAAAACGUACAAGUACAACGCUGUAGACUAGGCAUAUUAAUUACGUGUGCUAGGAUGUUACUCGUCACUGCGCUGCGCCGUGAUAAUUCUUAGGUUAGGUACAUGUUACAUACCUUCAUUUGCUGCUGCUGCCGCCGCCGCCGCCGCCGCUGCGUAGCCGCGCGCGCUAUCGCCGCGCGGCGCACCACCUCGCUGCAGGCGCGCCGUGCUUUGCCUUUCCACGUUACCUGUACAAAUUAUGUAAAUUCAUUUAUUUAUUUAUUUAUUUAACAGUUUAUGUACACAUAAAUACAGACAAGAAUAAAUAAUAGAUUUGAGAGAAUUGUACAAGGGCACAGCUUAUCUCACAAGAAAUUUCUUCCAGCAGGCCCGUUAUGGGAGUGUUAGAAUUGAAAAGAGAUACAGAUAGACUGUGUAAAAAGAAAGAAGAUAUAACCAAUAAAUAAUCACUAACAUUAACUACUUAAAUACAUAUACAAACACACAUUCAUUGAAAUAAUAAUAAAAACAUAAGAUAA